GGAGAGCAGCUUCAAGGGCUGGAGGAGGCUGAUAUCACCAAGUUCCCAUUCACUCCUGUCCCUGUGAAGAGUGAGGAUGAUAAAGAGAAAGCACAGCUUCCUCAUCAUCACAUGGAAACAGAAGCUGAUGGAGAGGACUGUGUAGGACCAGAACCAGCCAGGAACGCUCAUACACAUCCACUUUACCAACCAGAGACUGAAGACCAGACUGGAGACUCUUCAGAUCCUGAGACUGAUGACAGUGCUGAUUGGAAGGAGACCAGAGAACCUCAGUCAGCUUUACACUCUAUGAAACACGAUUCAACAUGUAAGAAAUUUAGCUGCUCUGAGUGUGGGAAAAGAUUUGGCUUCAAGUCAGAUCUGAAGAAACACAUGAGAACUCACACAGGAGAGAAGCCUUUUAGCUGCCCUGAGUGUGGUAAGGCUUUCUCUGGUAGUGCAAACCUGAAGAAACACAUGAGAACUCACACAGGAGAGAAGCCUUUUAGCUGCCCUGAGUGUGGUAAGGCUUUCUCUGAUAAUGGAAACCUGAAAAAACACAUGAGAACUCACACAGGAGAGAAGACUUUUAGCUGCUCUGAAUGUGAUAAAGCUUUCUCUGAUAGUGGAAACCUGAAGAAACACAUGAUAACUCACACAGGAGAAAAACCUUUCAGCUGCUCAGUCUGUGAGAAAUCUUUUACACGGAGUGGAGAUUUACAGAAACACAUGAGAAUCCACACAGGGGAAAAAAGAUUCAGCUGCUCUGAGUGUGAUAAAGCUUUCACUGAACGUGGACACCUGAAGAGACACAUGAUGACUCACACAGGAGAAAAACCUUUCAGCUGCUCACUCUGUAAGAAAUCUUUUAUACAGAGUGGAGAUUUACAGAACCACAUGGUAGUCCACACCGGAGAAAAAAGAUUCAGCUGCAGUGUUUGUAAUAAAUCUUUUAGCCACAGUGGAAGUUUACGGUCACACAGGAGAACUCACACAGGAGAAAAACCUUUCAUCUGCUCAGUCUGUAAGAAAUCUUUUACACACAGUGAAAAUUUACGGUCACACAUGAGAACUCACACAGGAGAAAAACCUUUCAGCUGCUCUGAGUGUGAUAAAGCUUUCACCGAAAGUCACAACCUAAAGAAACACAUGGUAGUCCACACAGGAGAGAAAAGAUUCAGCUGCAGUGUUUGUAACAAAAGAUUUGCCUGGGGUUCUCAUGUCAAAAGACAUAAAUGUGUUGGUCAGAUGGAAACAAGCUGAUGGAGAGGACUGUGGAGGACCAGAACCAGCCAGGAACUCACAUCCACUUUUACAACCAGAGCCUGAAGACCAGACUGGAGACUCUUCUGAUCCUGAGACUGGUGACAUGGAAUAACAUUUGUGCCUUUAAGUCCAUGCAAAACCUCUCAAGUAUCAAA